AUGAGUCUCGAAACGAUGAGCGAUCUGAGGAAAAAGUACAAAAACUGGAGAUCAUACGUAAAGUUUGUAAAGCUAGUUUCAGACGCCGGAAUGGAAGAUGAAACCAUGUUUGGUGAAAAGCAAUCGAUACGGGAUUCGGCCCGCUCGCUGAAGAAGUACGGCAGCAUAUCCGGCGGAAGUCGAAGCCCGGCCGCACUGCAACCCACGGAUGCGCUGAUACGGCACGAUGUCGAGCGGACCGAUACACUGCAAGGUCUUGCCUUGAAGUACGGAUGUAGCAUGGAACAAAUUAGGCGAGUAAAUAGGUUACUGCCAACGGAUACGAUCUUCCUGCGGCCGUUUCUUAUGAUCCCGGUAUCGAAAGAUUCGCCCCACUAUCCAAAGGAUCCCGAAGCAAUCAUACGUCCAAAUGCGCUGACCAGCCGGAUGACAUCCGGGAGUGGUGGUUCUGCUGCUAGUGGUAGCGGUAACAGCAUUAUUAGCAACAAUAACAACAGUAUCAGUUCCGACGGUAAUGGAUACUCGCUGAGCGAGGAAUCACCGCUCGUCUCACCGGAGGAGGAAAGUCGCAAGAAUCUGGAAGAAUUUUUGGGCAAAAUCGACAGCUCAAUAGCGUCCACGCGCAAAUGCAUUGCGGAGGUGCAACGGAACAGCGACUUCGUAACGAGCAGCCAGAGCGACGACAACCUGUUCUUCUCGUCCUCCUCGGGAGGUGGUGUUAGCGGGAGCGGUAGCAGUGGGUACUAUUCGAAACCGCGUGCCUAUUCGAAUGCGUCAUCGUCGUCCUCGAUCUCGUCUUACCAGCAGUAUCACUAUCACGUCCCGAGCGGUGCGAACAGUUCGCAGCACGCCGGUGGUAGUGGUACGAACCAUCACAAGCGCCAGAGUUCCUCGGGUAGUGCCGCAUCCGACACGAAUCAGCUGAUCGUGAUGACGCAAGGGAAGCGGGUGCAAAGUUCACUACAAAAGUUGGAACGCCAGCAAGACGAACUGUUCGAAUUGUAG